AUGGAGAAAGAUAAAGAGCAAGAGAGAGAUAAGGCGUACGGUGGCCGGAAACAACCACCUCCGUCGAAUAUAUCUCCGAUGAAACCGGUGACCAAGGAGGCGUACGGCGGCGGGAUGUACGGCGAGGAAGUGGGGCAAGAAAAACAAGCAAGAAAGCCACCAGCCAGUGAGACUCAAAGUGCAGAUGGGCCGGCGGAGGCCACCACCACCCAACCUAAGCAUAAGCCCCCACCUUCAACCGGUGAUCGUGACGUCGAUAUCACCGGCCAAUCUUAUAUUCAGUAGCUUAAUUAUGUGAUUUUUCUUGGGUUUUCUUUGUAAUGAAUUAUUUUGUUUAAUGUUUAAUUAAUUCAGCUUA